ACCACGUUUUAUGACAGUAACUGUACUGUGAUCGGAACCUGAUAGACCCAUAGCCUACUUUCAGGAGUGUUCAGAUUCCCCACCCGGGUACACCAAGAUGUCGUUUUAUCUUUGUAGUUUACCGAAUGUUAAACAAAGAUAGAACGAUGUUUUGGUGCUCCCGGGUGGGACGUCUAUUAAGCUGGCACAGCCAUUUCAGCACAAUCAAAUGACACUAAUAGACGUCCGGGUAGGAUAUCUGAACGCAGCCCUGUCUAUAACACUAGUCCUUCAUCCUGCUUCAUCCGACAUGGUACAAAACAGACGCAGAAUGUGGAAAGCGACGAUCGUGCUCUUUCUCGUUACCUGUAGCAUAGCGAUUUUUUUUCGGAGUAAUCCUAUAGACGUACCUGAAUUGCCAGAUACAUUUUGGGGACCGGAAAGAAACAAAGGAGCCUCAAAAGAAGUACGACCUUUUACUAUCGUUGCGCAGCAGUCGGUAAUUGACGACCUAAAUGAACGGCUAGCAAAAAGAAGAGAAUUACGAGAGCCAUUGGAAGAUACUGCAUGGACGUACGGCAUCAGUACGACGUACUUGAAGGAUGUUCUUGAAUAUUGGAGAACAAAGUAUAAUUGGACUGAGCGGGUGGCGUUGCUCAAUAAGUAUCCCCAAUACAUGACUAAUAUACAAGGUCUGGACAUACAUUUUUAUCACGUGAAACCUCAGAUCCCAGCGGAACAAAAAAACAUAAAAGUUUAUCCAUUACUGAUUAUGCACGGUUGGGCAGGAUCCGUGGUGGAAUUCCAGAAAAUUAUUCCCAUGUUAACGACACCGCGUGCUGACAAGGACUUUGUGUUUGAGGUAAUCGCACCUUCGCUUCCUGGAUUUGGAUUCUCGCAAGCUGCCGUACGACCAGGAUUGGCCACACCGCAGAUAGCUGUUAUAUUCAAAAACCUUAUGCUGCGUCUCGGUUUUAAUCAAUUUUACAUCCAGGGCGGAGACUGGGGCAGCGUGGUUGCUUCUCAUUUAGGUGCUUUUUUCCCAGACAACAUUCUUGGCAAUCAUAUGAACUUGUGUAUAGUUUUGAGCAAGCCCAAUUUCCUAUGGAGAUUAAUCGGUGCACUUAUCCCAUCGCUCGUUGUCAAAAGCGAAUAUGCCGACAGAAUAUAUCCUUUGGGACAUUAUAUGAGUUUCUUUCUUGAGGAAUCUGGAUACUUUCAUAUACAAGCUACUAAACCAGAUACUAUAGGUACUGCUGUGUCAGCCUCACCAGUCGCAUUAGCAGCUUACAUUUUGGAAAAGUUUAGUACAGUGACGAAUCCAGAGUACAGACUCCGUCAAGAUGGUGGUCUCCUCGAGAAAUUCACGUUAGAUGAGCUUUUGGAUAAUCUCAUGCUUUAUUGGGUUACCAACUCUCUAACUACGAGUGUACGGCUUUAUUCCGAACAAUUCACGAAGGCUUAUAUAGCGAGCAGAAUAGAUGAAUUGCCUGUUGAAGUGCCAGUAGCGUGUGCGGUAUUUCCUCACGAGAUAGUGUAUACACCGGAAAGUCUCCUUCGUGAAAAAUAUAUUAAUCUGGUUCAAAUGAAUCAUUUACCGCGCGGAGGUCAUUUCGCUGCAUUGGAAGAGCCGGCUCUCUUAGCGGAUGAUAUAUUUAAAUUUGUACACACGGUUGAAGAGACCAAGAAGAAAAAUAUGGCUACAAAUAUGCCAAACAAAGAGAAGAAAAUAAAGAAGCCUACGGAAAUUUGAAAGAACAUUUAAUUAUGCUAUUUUAAUUAAUUACACGAGAACAAUAAGGUGUGAAACAGUGUCUGUAUAGUGGAUGUCACAUGAAUACGAUACAUUUUUUCCAGUUUUGUAUAGUUUGAUAAUUCUUUAAAUAAAAUGAUUAUUUUUCUAAU